ACGGCAGCGGCUCCUUGUGCCUCUAGCAGCCUGUCUUCUGCGCUCUCCGCCUUCCCUCUCUAGACUGGCUCUCCUCCCCCCGCGCCCCCUCCCUCCCGCAGCUCCCACUCGCUGGCUCGCUCUCCGGCUGCCUCCGCUCCAGGUUUCUCCUGGCUGCGCGCGCUCCUCUCCCCGCCUCGCCCCUCCCGCAGCCUCACCGCCUUGGUGCCUUCCUGCCCAGCUCGGCGGGCUCUCAUCCCCAGCCCCGGCCCCGGCCCGACAGUCCAGUGUCGGCGCUCGGAGUGGCUCAGCCCUGCAGUGGUUCGGGACCCGAUGCUAUGAGAGCGAAGCGAGCCGGGCGCCCAGACCUGCAGGAGGCGUCGGAUGCGCGGCUGGUCUGUGGACCGGGAUCUCUCCCCCGCUCGCCUUGCCCUCUGGUGAUUAUUUGGCUCUGGUCAUAGCCCUGCCGCUCCUCGGAGGAGCCCGGCACAUCUGAGAAGAGCCAUCGGUGUCGUGUGCGUGUGGAAUAUCUGCAGACAUGACUGCGUGGAGGAAAUUCGCGUCGCUGCUCCUGCUUCUGGUGCUGCUGGUCCUGUGCGCGGGGCUCCUUACUGCAGCGAAGGGUCAGAACUGUGGAGGCUUAGUGCAGGGUCCCAAUGGCACCAUCGAGAGCCCAGGGUUUCCACACGGUUACCCCAACUAUGCGAACUGUACCUGGAUUAUCAUCACAGGAGAGCGUAAUCGGAUACAGUUGUCAUUCCAUACCUUUGCUCUCGAAGAAGAUUUUGAUAUUUUAUCAGUUUACGAUGGACAGCUCCAACAAGGGAAUUUGAAAGUGAGGUUAUCAGGAUUUCAGCUGCCUUCCUCUGUGGUCAGUACCGGCUCGAUCCUCACUCUGUGGUUCACAACGGACUUCGCUGUGAGUGCCCAGGGUUUUAAAGCCCUCUAUGAAGUUUUACCCAGCCACACAUGUGGAAAUCCUGGGGAAAUCUUGAAAGGUGUUCUCCAUGGAACCAGAUUCAACAUAGGAGACAAGGUCCGGUACAGCUGUCUGCCUGGCUACAUCUUGGAGGGUCACGCCAUCGUAACCUGCAUCGUCAGCCCUGGGAAUGGUGCAUCCUGGGACUUCCCAGCCCCCUUUUGCAGAGCUGAGGGAGCUUGUGGCGGGACGUUACGGGGAACGAGCAGCUCCAUCUCCAGCCCUCACUUCCCUUCGGAGUAUGAGAACAAUGCAGACUGUACGUGGACCAUUCUCGCUGAACCUGGUGACACCAUUGCCUUGGUCUUCACUGACUUUCAGCUUGAGGAAGGAUAUGACUUCUUAGAGAUCAGCGGAACGGAAGCACCGUCCAUAUGGCUGACUGGCAUGAACCUUCCUUCUCCUGUUAUCAGCAGCAAGAAUUGGUUACGACUUCAUUUCACAUCUGACAGUAACCAUAGACGGAAAGGGUUUAAUGCUCAGUUUCAAGUGAAGAAAGCAAUUGAAUUGAAGUCAAGAGGAGUCAAGAUGAUGCCUAGCAAGGACAGCAGCCAUAAAAACUCCGUCUUAAGUCAAGGAGGUGUUGCUUUGGUCUCUGACAUGUGUCCAGAUCCUGGAAUUCCAGAAAAUGGCAGAAGAGCAGGUUCUGACUUCAGGGUUGGUGCAAAUGUACAGUUCUCCUGUGAGGAUAGUUACGUGCUCCAGGGAUCCAAGAGCAUCACGUGUCAGAGAGUCACAGAGACGCUGGCUGCUUGGAGUGACCAUCGGCCGAUUUGCCGAGCUAGAACAUGUGGAUCAAAUCUGCGUGGACCCAGUGGCAUCAUCACCUCCCCUAAUUACCCGGUUCAGUAUGAAGACAAUGCACACUGUGUGUGGGUCAUCACCACCAUCGAUCCAGACAAGGUCAUCAAGCUUGCCUUUGAGGAGUUUGAACUGGAAAGAGGCUAUGACACCCUAACAGUGGGUGACGCUGGGAAAGUGGGUGAUACCAGAACAGUCUUGUAUGUACUCACUGGCUCCAGCGUUCCUGACCUUAUCGUGAGUAUGAGCAACCAGAUGUGGCUACACCUACAGUCUGACGACAGCAUCGCCUCUCCUGGAUUUAAAGCCGUUUACCAAGAAAUUGAGAAGGGAGGGUGUGGGGACCCAGGCAUCCCAGCCUAUGGGAAGCGGACUGGCAGCAGUUUUCUCCAUGGCGACACUCUCACUUUCGAGUGCCAAGCAGCCUUCGAGCUGGUGGGGGAGAGAGUUAUCACAUGUCAGCAGAACAACCAGUGGUCUGGCAACAAGCCCAGCUGUGUAUUUUCCUGUUUCUUCAACUUCACGGCAUCAUCAGGCAUCAUCCUCUCACCCAAUUACCCAGAGGAGUAUGGCAACAACAUGAACUGUGUUUGGCUGAUCAUUUCUGAGCCAGGCAGCAGGAUUCACCUAAUCUUUAAUGACUUCGAUGUGGAGCCUCAGUUUGACUUCCUUGCGGUCAAGGAUGACGGGAUUUCAGAUAUAACGGUGCUGGGCACCUUCUCUGGCAAUGAGGUGCCCUCCCAGCUUGCCAGCACUGGGCACAUCGUCCGCCUGGAGUUCCAGUCAGAUCAUUCCACCACUGGCAGAGGCUUCAACAUCACCUACACCACAUUUGGUCAAAACGAGUGCCAUGAUCCUGGCAUUCCCAUAAAUGGACGGCGUUUUGGUGACAGGUUCCUGCUUGGCAGUUCGGUCUCUUUUCAUUGUGAUGAUGGCUUUGUCAAAACCCAGGGGUCAGAGUCCAUCACCUGCAUCCUGCAGGAUGGGAAUGUGGUCUGGAGCUCCACCGUGCCCCGCUGUGAAGCCCCAUGCGGUGGACACCUGACAGCUUCAAGUGGAGUCAUUUUGCCCCCAGGAUGGCCUGGGUAUUAUAAAGAUUCCUUAAAUUGUGAAUGGGUAAUUGAAGCAAAACCAGGACACUCAAUCAAAAUAACUUUUGACAGGUUUCAGACAGAAGUCAAUUACGACACCCUGGAGGUCAGAGAUGGGCCGGCCAGCUCAUCCCCGCUGAUUGGGGAGUACCACGGCACACAGGCCCCCCAGUUCCUUAUCAGCACAGGGAACUUCAUGUACCUCCUUUUCACCACGGACAACAGCCGGGCCAGCGUGGGCUUCCUCAUCCACUACGAGAGUGUGACUCUGGAGUCAGACUCCUGCCUUGACCCGGGUAUCCCUGUGAAUGGGCAUCGGCACGGCAGCCACUUUGGCAUCCGGUCUACAGUGACAUUCAGCUGUGACCCAGGGUACACGCUAAGUGAUGAUGAGCCCCUGAUCUGUGAGCGGAACCACCAGUGGAACCACGCAUUGCCCAGCUGUGACGCCCUCUGUGGAGGCUACAUCCAUGGAAAGAGUGGAACAGUUCUUUCUCCUGGGUUUCCAGAUUUUUACCCAAACUCCCUAAACUGCACGUGGACCAUUGAGGUGUCUCAUGGAAAGGGAGUGCAGAUGAUCUUUCACACCUUUCACCUGGAGAGCUCCCAUGACUACUUACUGAUCACUGAGGACGGGAGCUUCACGGAGCCAGUGGCCAGGCUCACUGGGUCAGUGCUGCCUCACACCAUUAAGGCAGGUUUGUUCGGAAACUUCACCGCCCAGCUUCGGUUUAUAUCAGACUUCUCCAUUUCCUACGAGGGCUUCAACAUCACGUUUUCAGAGUAUGACCUUGAGCCCUGUGAUGACCCCGGUGUGCCUGCCUUCAGCAGAAGAAUCGGUUUCCACUUUGGAGUUGGGGACUCGCUGACGUUUUCCUGCUUCCCAGGGUAUCGCUUAGAAGGUGCAACCAAGCUUACGUGCCUGGGUGGGGGCCGCCGUGUGUGGAGUGCACCUCUGCCAAGGUGUGUGGCUGAAUGUGGAGCAAGUGUCAAAGGAAAUGAAGGAACAUUACUGUCUCCAAAUUUCCCGUCAAAUUAUGAUAAUAACCAUGAGUGUAUCUAUAGAAUUGAAACAGAAGCUGGCAAGGGGAUUCAUCUCAGAGCGCGGAGCUUCCAGCUAUUUGAAGGAGACGUUCUAAAGGUUUAUGAUGGAAAAGACAGUUCCUCACGUCCACUGGGGGCCUUCACGAGAAAUGAGCUGAUGGGGCUGAUCUUGAACAGCACCUCCAACCACCUGUGGCUGGAAUUCAACUCCAAUGGAUCUGACACUGACCAAGGCUUCCAGCUUACCUACACAAGUUUUGACCUGGUGAAAUGCGAGGAUCCAGGAGUUCCCAGCUAUGGCUAUAGGAUCCGGGACGAAGGCCACUUCACAGAUACAGUGGUUCAGUAUAGCUGUAACCCUGGCUAUGCCAUGCACGGCGCCAAUACUCUGACCUGUCUGAGUGGUGACCGGAGAGUGUGGGACAGACCACUGCCAUCCUGCAUGGCGGAAUGUGGUGGGCGGAUCCACGCAGCCACGUCAGGCCGCAUCUUGUCUCCUGGGUAUCCAGCUCCCUAUGACAACAACCUCCACUGUACCUGGGUCAUAGAGGCAGACCCAGGAAAGACCAUCAGCCUCCACUUCAUCGUGUUUGACACGGAGCUGGCCCACGACAUCCUGAAAGUGUGGGACGGGCCGGUGGACAGCGACAUCCUGCUGAAGGAGUGGAGCGGCUCAGCGCUGCCCGAGGACAUCCAUAGCACCUUCAAUUCACUCACCCUUCAGUUCGACAGUGACUUCUUCAUCAGCAAGUCUGGCUUCUCCAUUCAGUUCUCAACAUCCAUCGCGUCUACCUGCAAUGAUCCAGGGAUGCCUCAAAACGGCACCCGCUAUGGAGACAGCAGAGAGCCUGGGGACACCAUUACCUUCCAGUGCGACCCUGGGUACCAGCUUCAAGGGCAAGCCAAGAUCACCUGUGUGCAGCUGAAUAACCGGUUCUUUUGGCAGCCAGACCCUCCAACGUGCAUAGCGGCAUGUGGAGGGAACCUGACAGGCCCGGCCGGCGUCAUCCUGUCGCCCAACUACCCGCAGCCGUACCCACCGGGGAGGGAGUGUGACUGGAGGGUAAAAGUGAACCCGGACUUCGUCAUCGCCUUGAUAUUCAAAAGUUUCAACAUGGAGCCCAGCUAUGACUUCCUGCAUAUCUAUGAAGGAGAAGAUUCCAACAGCCCCCUGAUUGGAAGUUUCCAGGGCUCUCAAGCUCCAGAAAGAAUUGAGAGUAGUGGAAAUAGUCUUUUUCUGGCGUUUCGAAGUGAUGCCUCUGUGGGCUUGUCGGGGUUCGCCAUUGAAUUUAAAGAGAAACCACGGGAGGCCUGUUUUGACCCUGGGAAUAUAAUGAACGGGACAAGGAUUGGGACAGACUUCAAACUCGGCUCAACCGUCACUUACCAGUGUGACUCUGGCUACAAGAUUGCUGACCCAUCGUCCAUCACCUGUGUGAUCGGAGCCGAUGGGAAACCCGCCUGGAACCGGGUCCUGCCCUCCUGCAACGCCCCAUGUGGUGGCCAGUACACUGGAUCAGAAGGGGUAGUUUUGUCUCCCAACUACCCUCACAAUUACACAGCCGGACAGAUCUGCCUCUAUUCCAUCACGGUGCCAAAGGAAUUUGUGGUAUUUGGCCAGUUUGCCUAUUUCCAGACGGCACUGAAUGACCUGGCAGAGCUCUUUGACGGGACUCACCCCCAGGCCAGACUCCUCAGCUCACUCUCUGGGUCUCAUUCAGGUGAAACACUGCCUUUGGCCACAUCAAAUCAGAUUCUGCUCCGAUUCAGCGCAAAGAGCGGCGCACCAGCCCGAGGCUUCCACUUUGUCUACCAAGCUGUUCCUCGGACCAGUGACACCCAGUGCAGCUCUGUCCCUGAGCCCAGAUAUGGAAGGAGGAUCGGCUCUGAGUUUUCGGCGGGAUCCAUAGUUCGAUUUGAGUGUAACCCAGGAUACCUGCUCCAGGGCUCCACAGCUAUCCGCUGCCAGUCUGUACCUAACGCCCUAGCUCAGUGGAAUGACACAAUCCCAAGCUGUGUAGUCCCCUGCAGUGGGAAUUUCACUCAGCGAAGAGGUACGAUUUUAUCCCCUGGCUACCCUGAACCGUAUGGUAACAACUUAAACUGUAUAUGGAAGAUCAUAGUGACAGAGGGAUCAGGAAUUCAGAUUCAAGUCAUCAGUUUUGCCACAGAGCAGAACUGGGACUCGCUUGAGAUUUAUGAUGGUGGUGACAUGACUGCACCCAGACUGGGAAGUUUUUCAGGUACCACGGUGCCAGCGCUGCUCAAUAGCACCUCCAAUCAGCUCUACCUGCAUUUCCAGUCGGAUAUCAGCGUGGCAGCUGCUGGUUUCCAUCUGGAAUACAAAACUGUGGGUCUCGCUGCUUGCCCAGAACCAGCCCUUCCCAGCAACGGCAUCAAAACAGGAGACCGGUACAUGGUGAACGACGUGCUUUCCUUUCAAUGCGAGCCUGGGUACACGCUGCAGGGCCGCUCCCACAUCUCCUGCAUGCCAGGGACUGUGCGUCGCUGGAACUACCCAUCUCCCCUCUGCAUCGCGACCUGCGGAGGGACCUUGAGCAGCAUGGCAGGCGUGAUCCUGAGCCCUGGAUUCCCGGGCGCCUACCCCAACAACCUGGACUGCACCUGGAAGAUCACCUUGCCCAUUGGCUACGGUGCACAUAUUCAGUUUCUGAAUUUUUCUACUGAAGCUAAUCACGACUACCUUGAAAUUCAAAACGGACCUUACCACACCAGCCCAAUGAUUGGGCAGUUCAGUGGCCCAGAUCUGCCCUCGGCCUUGCUCAGCACCACCCACGAAACUCUCAUCCACUUUUACAGCGACCACUCGCAGAACCGGCAAGGGUUUAAACUCACUUACCAAGCCUAUGAACUACAGAACUGCCCGGACCCACCUCCUUUUCAGAAUGGGUACAUGAUCAACUCCGACUACAGUGUGGGACAGUCCAUAUCUUUCGAGUGUUAUCCUGGGUACAUUUUAAUCGGCCACCCAGUCCUCACCUGUCAGCAUGGGAUCAACAGAAACUGGAACUACCCUUUCCCAAGAUGUGAUGCUCCUUGUGGCUAUAAUGUGACGUCUCAGAAUGGAACCAUCUAUUCCCCUGGGUUUCCAGAUGAAUAUCCCAUUUUGAAGGACUGCAUCUGGCUCAUCACAGUGCCUCCUGGGCACGGUGUCUACAUCAACUUCACCCUGCUGCAGACCGAGGCUGUCAACGACUACAUCGCUGUUUGGGAUGGUCCUGAUCAGAAUUCGCCUCAGCUGGGAGUUUUCAGUGGCAACACAGCUCUUGAAACAGCCUAUAGUUCCACCAACCAGGUGCUGCUCAAGUUCCACAGUGACUUUUCAAACGGAGGUUUCUUCGUCCUCAAUUUUCACGCAUUUCAGCUCAAGAAAUGUCAGCCUCCCCCAGCAGUUCCACAGGCAGAAAUGCUUAUGGAGGAUGAAGAUUUUGAAAUAGGGGACUUUGUGAAGUACCGGUGCCAUCCUGGUUACACCCUGUCCGGGACAGAUACGCUGACCUGUAAGCUCAGCUCCCAGUUGCAGUUUGAAGGUUCCCUCCCAACAUGUGAAGCACAAUGCCCAGCCAAUGAAGUCAGGACAGAAUCUUCUGGAGUCAUCCUUAGUCCAGGGUACCCAGGCAACUAUUUUAACUCACAGACCUGCUCGUGGAGCAUCAAAGUGGAACCAAACUACAACAUCACCAUCUUCGUGGACAUAUUCCAAAGUGAAAAGCAGUUUGACGCACUGGAAGUAUUCGAUGGCUCUUCUGGUCAAAGUCCUCUGCUAGUGGUCUUAAGUGGAAACCAUACGGAACAGACAAAUUUUACAAGCAAGAGUAACCAGUUAUAUCUCCGUUGGUCCACAGAUCAUGCAACCAGUAAAAAAGGAUUCAAGAUCCGUUAUGCAGCACCUUACUGCAGCUUGACCCACACCCUGAAGAAUGGUGGUGUUUUAAAUAGGACUUCAGGAGAAGUUGGAAGUAAAGUGCAUUACUAUUGCAAGCCUGGGUAUCGGAUGAUUGGCCACAGCAAUGCAACCUGUAGACGAAAUUCAGAUGGAAUGUAUCAGUGGGAGUCCCUUGCUCCACUUUGCCAAGCUGUGUCCUGUGGCAUCCCAGAGUCCCCAGGAAAUGGCUCGUUUACUGGUAAUGAGUUCUCUUUGGGCAGUAAAGUGACAUAUGAAUGUAACGAGGGCUUUAAGCUGGAAGCUGGUCAACAAGCCACAGUCGUGUGUCAAGAAGAUGGAUUGUGGAGUAACAGAGGGAGGCCCCCCAUGUGUAAACCGGUCACUUGCCCCGGCAUCGAAGCCCAGCUCUCAGAACACGUGACCUGGAGGCUGGUGUCAGGCUCCCUGAACGAGUACGGAGCCCAGGUGGUGCUGAGCUGCAGUCCCGGUUACUACCUGGAGGGCCAGAGGCUGGUACAGUGCUUUGCUAACGGGACGUGGAGCACAGGGGAGGAGAGGCCAAGAUGCAGAGUGAUCUCAUGUGGAAGCCUGUCCUUUCCUCCAAAUGGGAACAAGAUAGGGACCUUGACAGUGUAUGGUGCCACAGCCAUAUUCACAUGUAACACGGGCUAUACCCUCGUGGGUUCUCAUGUUAGAGAAUGCCUGGCCAAUGGGCUCUGGAGUGGCCCUGAAACUCACUGUCUGGCUGGUCACUGUGGCUCCCCGGAUCCCAUCGUGAACGGUCACAUCAGCGGUGAUGGCUUCAGUUACAGGGACACGGUGGUUUAUCAGUGUAACCCCGGUUUCCGGCUGGUUGGGACUUCUGUUCGGAUAUGCUUGCAAGACCAUAAGUGGUCUGGACACACCCCAGUCUGUGUCCCCAUCACCUGUGGCCACCCGGGGAACCCUGCCCGUGGGUUCACCAAUGGCAGUGAGUUCAACCUGAACGAUGUGGUGAACUUCACCUGUAACCCUGGCUACCUGCUGCAGGGUGCAUCUCGAGCCCAGUGUCGGAGCAGUGGCCAGUGGAGCAGCCCCCUGCCCACCUGCCGAGUGGUGAACUGCUCAGAUCCAGGCUUUGUGGAAAAUGCCGUUCGUCAUGAGCAACAGAAUUUCCCUGAGAGUUUUGAAUACGGAAUGAGCGUCAUUUACCAUUGCAAGAAGGGAUUUUACCUGUUGGGGUCUUCUGCCCUAACCUGUAUGGCUAAUGGCUUAUGGGACCGCUCUUUGCCCAAGUGUUUGGCUAUAUCAUGCGGGCACCCAGGAGUCCCUGCCAACGCCAUCCUCAGCGGAGAUCUGUUUACUUACGGGGCGGUGGUUCACUACUCGUGCAAAGGCAGCCAGAGUCUCGUUGGCAACAGCACCAGGACCUGCCAGGAGGACAGCCGCUGGAGCGGAGCCCCGCCCCACUGCACAGGAAGUAACCCUGGAUUCUGUGGUGACCCGGGGACCCCAGCACAUGGCUCUCGGCUUGGAGAGGAGUUUAAGGCCAAGAGCCUUCUCCGCUUCUCCUGCGAGAUGGGCUACCAGCUGCGGGGCUCAGCUGAGCGGACGUGCCUGCUCAAUGGGUCCUGGUCAGGCCUGCAGCCUGUGUGCGAGGCCGUGUCCUGUGGGAACCCAGGGACGCCCACCAAUGGCAUGAUCGUCAGCAGCGAUGGUGUGCUUUUCUCCAGCUCCGUGGUCUACGCCUGCUGGGAGGGCUACAGGACCUCGGGGCUGACAACACGCCACUGCACAGCCAAUGGCACCUGGACGGGCACAGCCCCCGACUGUACCAUUAUAAGCUGUGGAGAUCCAGGUACUCUGGCGAAUGGCAUUCAGUUUGGAACAGAUUUCACUUUCAAUAAGACUGUUAGCUACCAGUGUAACCCUGGCUACCUCAUGGAGCCUGUCACAUCCCCCACGAUCCGCUGUACUAAAGACAGUACAUGGAAUCACAGCAAACCUACCUGCAAAGCUGUCAUGUGCAGCCAGCCUCCUCCGGUUCCAAACGGGAAGGUGGAAGGAACAGACUUCCGCUGGGGCGCCAGCAUCAGCUACAGCUGUGUGGACGGCUUCCAGCUGUCACACCCCGCCAUCCUCUCCUGUGAAGGGCGUGGGGUGUGGAAAGGAGAGGCCCCCCAGUGCCUGCCUGUGUUCUGUGGAGACCCAGGCACCCCUGCUGAGGGGCGGCUCAGUGGCAGAAGCUUCACCUAUAAGUCUGAAGUCUUCUUCCAGUGUAGAUCUCCCUUCCUCCUAGUGGGAUCAUCACGAAGGACCUGCCAAGCUGACGGCACAUGGAGCGGCAUCCAGCCCACCUGCAUUGAUCCUGCUCACAAUAGCUGCCCAGAUCCUGGAACGCCACACUUUGGAAUACAGAAUAGCUCAAGAGGAUAUGAGGUGGGGAGCAUGGUGUUUUUCCGGUGCAGGAAAGGCUACCACGUCCAAGGUUCGACGACGCGGACUUGCCUGGCGAACCUAACCUGGAGCGGCACCCAGACCGAGUGCCUCCCGCAUGCCUGCCGACAGCCGGAAACGCCAGCCCACGCAGAUGUGAGAGCCAUUGACCUACCCACCUUUGGCUACACCUUAGUGUACACCUGCCAUCCGGGAUUCUUCCUUGCGGGCGGAUCUGAGCACAGGACGUGUAAAGCAGAUAUGAAGUGGACGGGGAAGUCACCUGUCUGUAAAAGUAAAGGAGUGAGAGAAGUUAAUGAAACAGUUACUAAAACUCCAGUUCCUUCAGAUGUGUUUUUCAUCCAUUCAGUGUGGAAGGGAUAUUAUGAAUAUUUAGGGAAAAGACAGCCCGCCACCCUAACUGUUGACUGGUUCAACGCAACAAGCAGCAAGGUGAAUGCGACCUUCGUUGAAGCCUCCCAGGGGGAGCUGAAGUUGACAGGUGUUUACAAGAAGGAGGAGGCCCACUUAAUCCUGAAGGCCUUUCAGAUUAAAGGCCCAGUGGAUAUUUUUGUCAGCAACUUUGAAAAUGACAACUGGGGACUGGACGGUUAUGUAUCAUCUGGAUUUGAAAGAGCAGGAUUUACUUUUCAAGGUGACAUACAUGGGAAGGACUUUGGGAAAUUCAAGCUCGAAAGGCAAGAUCCCUUAAGCUCUGAUCAGGAUUCUUCAAAUCAUUAUCACGGCACCAGCAGUGGCUCUGUGGCGGCUGCCAUCCUGGUUCCAUUCUUCGCUCUAAUUUUAUCAGGGUUUGCAUUUUACCUCUACAAACACAGAACGAGACCAAAAGUUCAGUACAACGGCUACGCUGGGCAUGAGAACAGCAAUGGACAGGCGUCAUUUGAGAACCCCAUGUAUGACACAAACUUGAAACCCACAGAGGCCAAGGCUGUGCGGUUUGACACGACUCUGAACACAGUGUGCACAGUGGUAUAGCCCCGGGUGCCCAGCACCGCCUCAUAGCCAUACCUCCGACGGACAA